UUCUUUUUUUAUUUCCCUUUCCGCUUUUCCUUUCACUAUCAGGAAGGCUGGCGGUGUGGGGUGCAGAUGGGGCACCUCUGGCCAGUUCCAUAUCUGUGGCACGACUGCCAGCCAGUGACAAUCAGCGGGAGGAGGAACGUGUGUGGAAGGGACCGGCUCGGGGGCACUAUUGUGUCUGUUGCUGCCGGAGACUUUUGAAAAUGGCAGUUCUGCCUUGAGGAUAUUUUCAUAUUCUACUGAUUGCAGGUUUGGUUUGUUGGUGGAUUUUGUGCUGACAAAAAGCCCAAUGUGAUCCUUUGAGUAUCCCAAGCUGUUUUCAUCUGAGAGGAGAACUUGAGCCAUUGCCUUAUGCUGGUACUGCAAUGCUGAGUUCUAGCUCAACUGCUGUGAAGAAUCUCCCUCUGAAGAGGAGGCUCUGUUUUCUGCUGAAACUUGUGUGCUUUGUCAGCUCAGUGUUAAUAUUUUGUGAAUUUUUAAUUUACUAUGUGGUGAUAUUUCAAUGCCGAUGGCCAAACUUGAAAGAUGGAGCUCACAUGGCUGAAAAAGACACUUCAGCUUCAGUCCUAAAGGCCAUCAUUUUAGCUGAUACACACCUGCUUGGUGAAAUCAAAGGACAUUGGCUGGAUAAGCUAAGAAGGGAAUGGCAAAUGGAGAGAUCUUUCCAAACUGCCUUAUGGUUACUGCAGCCAGAUAUUGUUUUUAUUCUGGGAGAUGUUUUUGAUGAAGGAAAAUGGAGCUCACCUCAGGCCUGGGCAGAUGAUGUCAGGAGGUUCCAGAAGAUGUUCAGGCAUUCCGUUUUUACGGAGCUGGUGGCCAUCGCUGGCAAUCACGACAUCGGAUUUCAUUACGAAAUGACUCCUUACAAGGUAAAUCGAUUUGAAAAGGUUUUCAACUUUACUUCAGGAAAGCUGAUAACUCGGAAAGGAAUAAACUUUGUCCUAGUGAACAGUGUUGCCAUGGAGGGUGAUGGCUGUGCUGUCUGCCGUACCUCAGAGGCAAAACUUGUGUCACUUUCUCACAAACUGAAUUGCUCCCAGCAGAAACCAAAUCACUCCAACAAAAGAUGCAGUGAUGUGGAAAAGCUUCCAGCUUCAAAACCCAUCCUUUUACAGCAUUAUCCUCUCUAUCGGAAAAGUGAUGCUGAAUGCACUGGAGAGGAUUCUGCUCCUCCAGAGGAGAAAAACAUUCCCUUUAAAGAGAAGUAUGAUGUGCUGUCUCAAGAGGCAUCACAAAAGCUGCUAUGGUGGUUUCAGCCCCGUUUGAUUCUCAGUGGGCACACUCAUAGUGCUUGUGAAGUGCUGCAUGCAGGGAAAAUUCCAGAAAUAAGUGUCCCAUCAUUCAGUUGGAGGAAUAGAAACAAUCCUAGUUUCAUCAUGGGCAGCAUAACACCAACUGACUUCUCCCUCCAAAAAUGCUUCCUUCCAUUUGAGAGCAGAGUCUUCACUAUCUACUGUGCAGCAGGUGCUCUGCUUGUGAUCCUGGUACUAGCUCAUGUUCAGCUUCUCACUCCACCGUUUUAUUUUGCUCAGCGUUUAAUCAGUAAGCAUAAAGCAGUAUGAAGAGCCAGACAUCUGCAUUCAGUCACUGAAAUACCAAAGCUGAGAACAGUCAAACAUCAGACUAUAUUCAUGCCAGCAAAUGACCUAAUUUGAUUGCUAGUCUGAAGGCAGGUUGCAUUUACACAUACCAUAGAAGUCCUAUACAGCUGAUAUGACUACUACAGGAUAAAUAAUUAACUGAAAUGAACGUUUCAUGCUGUACAAAAAUACUGUAUUCGACAAUCAAAUGAGUCCUUUUCCUGCUAUAAUUUUUGUAUCAAAUAUGUAUAUUAAAAGUGUAACUGUACAUUAUGUAAAUCCUAUAGCCUCAUCACUUGUCUGCACUUGUGUCUUACCCUGGUGGAGGCUGAAUCUUGCAAACUGGAAAUGUUUCUCUGUUUUAUUGCUGCGUGGCCCUUCAAAUGUCAUACUUGUGUUUGUUAGGGUCAGGCAGAAUCUGGAUGCAUCAGCACUGAGAGAUGCAGAUUUCCAUAACCUUUUUAGUGUUGUGUGUAAGGGACUGUGGUUUGGGACAAGAAAUCUUCUGGUUCCUGACACAGUAAAUUGUUAGCUGACUAUGAGUUGCAGUUAUCCAUCUACCAGACAACACGGGUAAGAAAAGCUCGAGGAUCCAGUUUGCUGAUACACACUUGAAAACUGCUUUAAAAAAAAAUUAGGGUGACACCUCAAGCUGCUGCUUUCAAAAAGAUGUGCUAUGAUGAGCUUAAAAAAAGAGGGCCCUGUUGCAUCCCAGAGAUCUGUGGUGAGGGGCCCUCCGGUUGCCGAUCUCCUGCAAGAAGGAAGGUCAAAUACAGCUGCAGUAACAUUAUCCUAUGCCUCAGCCCUCAGUCUACAGCCAGGGAUAGGAAUGCACCUUAUUUUACAUUCCACAAGCUCCGUUGACUUUAGUGUAGUGUCGCAUUUUGAACUGCACCAGCUCCUCUGUGGGGAGGCAGAGGCCACCAGCUGUGCUACAAAGACAAAUCUGAGCUCAGUGUCUCCAGUGUGUGGGGGCAGGUGGGACAAGCCUACUGCUGCUCCCCACCCAUCCCAGAAAAAACAGAGGGACUACAACACACCAGGACCAGUUUUCCUGCUGAUGUUCCUGCAGAGGCUGGGAGCUCUAACCUGAACUCCUGGGCUGGGGCUAGCUUGAAAACAAAAAAAUACUAUCUUUUGUUAUUCAUUCUAUUACUUUCUUUGGCAUGACAAAUAAGAGAAUUCUGUUUACUGUUAGUUUAUUCCACCCAGCCUUUCACUUUUUGGGAAAUACGAGUGAACUGAACAUAGAGAUUUCUGGGAAGAGAAAAUGGUCAUAUUAUAGUAUCUAAAAUGGGAUUGUUUUAUAUUCAACUGGAAACAAGUUCUCAAUUGGACUGUAGUCUGAUUUUAAGAAGAUGGGACUUAAACUGAUUGGGGUUUAUAACUAAUAACAAUACAGUAAAAAGUUAAUAAAACCUGCUGAUUUAUAUGCUAGUGUGGGGAUUGUGUUAGCUCUUCAUCUCUCCCUAAAUUUAAAAUAAAGUGGGGGGAAUGGUCCAAAGUGUGGUAAAACAUUCUAUAAAGUAAUGUAGUCUAACACUUCUCUAGGUUUCUGUUAUUGCAACUGUAAUUUUAGACAUUUGUACAGGUUAUCUUGGACACAGGAAAAGUAUAUAGUCACAGACAUAAAACACCUAUGUAUAAAAUAUAAAGCAGUGUUAUAGUUACUAAAAAGGACAUGCCUUAUUGCUACAGCAAUUCUUGCUUUUUAUAUAUUGUACUGUACCACAACUUGUUUUGAGAAUGUCAUUUGCAUAAAUUAUUCAAGUUUGAGAAAUAUUCACACAUUUUGAUUCUACAAUAUUUAAAAUAAAAUAAUUUUCUAAUGUG